GAGAGAGAGAGAGAAUUCUAGAGAGAGAAAGUUGGUAAGAGAGAGAAAGUGGAAAAUCUAAAAGAGACGGAGAGCUGAGAGAGAGAGAGUGGGAGAGCCAAUUUUUUUUAGUUCGUUUAUUGUUUUUUUUUUUAAUUUUUUUUUUCUUUAGGAGCCCUUCUUUUCUUUCUUCUUCUUCUUCUUCAUUUUCAAUUUUUCUGUUCAUUUUUUCUUUGGGUUUUUUGGGGGGGCUCAGAGGGAGAGAGGGAGAGAGAGAGAGAGAGAGAGAGAGGGAGAGAAGACAGAUAACAAUAGAGGAGAGAGAAAGCUUGGAUUUCUCUCUCUUCUUCUACAUUUUUUUUUUUUUUGAUUCGUUGAAGGAGGUUUUUUAAUUUUUUUAGGGGUUUGCGGAUUUAUAAAUAUUUUUGUUUUGAAAGAUUUGAAGAUAAUUAGGGUUUGGGGUGGGUGUGGAACGGAAACUUAAAAAAAAAAAAAAGGAAAAUGAAUAUGAUGCGUCGUCUUAAGAGCAUUGCCUCGGGUCGGACAUCAAUUUCAUCAGACCCUGGAAUGGAUUCUAGCACAAAGAGAGCAAAGGUUGACCUCGAAACCGAGCAGGUUGUCAAUGCAGAGUCAAAUAGCAUUGAGAGAAAUGCCAUCCAUGUAGAUCAGAAUGUGGCUUCUACAUCAUCCGAAACUGUUGCAAGCACGUCUGCUGUAACUUCAAUGGCUAUUGCAGAGACAAAAGGGGAGUCUAAAGCAGAUAAAUCUGGCUAUGAUCAGCUUCCCAAAGAAAUGCAUGAAAUGAAAAUUAGAGAUGAGAAAACCAACAACAAUGAUGAAAAGGAUGUUGAAGCCACUGUUAUAACUGGUAGCGGAACGGAAACAGGUCAGAUAAUUGCAACAACAGUAGGUGGUCGAAAUGGACAACCAAAACAGACAGUCUCAUACAUGGCAGAGCGUGUGGUUGGCACUGGCUCUUUUGGUGUUGUCUUUCAGGCAAAGUGUCUGGAAACAGGUGAAUCAGUUGCAAUUAAGAAGGUGCUGCAGGAUAAGAGAUACAAGAAUAGGGAACUCCAGAUUAUGCGCUUGCUUGACCAUCCUAAUGUUGUUCAACUUAAGCAUUGUUUCUUUUCAACUACUGACAAGGAUGAGCUUUACCUUAACCUUGUCCUUGAAUAUGUAUCUGAAACUGUCUACCGAGUUUCGAAGCAUUAUAUUAGGCUGAACCAACAUGUGCCUAUUAUAUAUGUGCGACUUUAUGCAUACCAGAUCUGUCGUGCAUUAAAUUACUUGCAUCAUGUUGUUGGUGUGUGUCACCGUGACAUUAAGCCCCAGAAUUUGCUGGUUAAUCCUCACACUCAUCAGCUAAAGAUAUGUGAUUUUGGGAGUGCAAAGAUGUUGGUACCAGGUGAACCCAAUAUAUCUUAUAUUUGCUCACGGUAUUAUAGGGCUCCAGAACUUAUAUUUGGGGCUACGGAGUACACUUCUGCAAUUGAUAUGUGGUCUGUUGGUUGUGUCUUGGCUGAGCUUCUUCUUGGGCAGCCGUUGUUUCCGGGGGAGAGUGGUGUUGAUCAGCUUGUAGAAAUCAUCAAGAUUCUUGGUACGCCAACCAGAGAAGAAAUUAAGUGCAUGAAUCCAAACUACACUGAAUUUAAGUUUCCUCAGAUCAAAGCUCACCCAUGGCACAAGAUAUUUCACAAGCGAAUGCCCCCUGAAGCAGUGGAUCUUGUAUCAAGGCUUCUUCAGUAUUCACCAAACCUUCGCUGCACUGCUUUGGAAGCAUGUGCACACCCUUUCUUCAAUGAUCUAAGAGACCCAAAUGCAUCCUUGCCGAAUGGACGGGCAUUACCUCCUUUGUUUAAUUUCACAGCUCAAGAACUGGCUGGUGCCUCUACUGAGUUGCGUCAUCGUCUUAUUCCCGAGCAUGCUAGGAAUUAAACGGUGAACAUGAUAAGUUGGUCAUCUCGAAGCAGUGUAAAUGUGCUUUUUUGGUUGCUUAGUCCCUCACGCAAACCAUGCUGCCCUGCUCAAAUAGCCCAGCAUCCACCAUCUUUGGACCUCCACAGAUUGGUCGUGACUGACUAGGGCUUUGGAAAGUCUACUUUCUGGCAGGAUAUAUGUUAACAACAACUUGUAUGAUGGAUCUGCAGGUGGGUAGAAGAGAUCUGCUUGGCGGUAAGGUCAACAUUUUUAUGUAUUUACAAUGUGGCAGUGUUGUUUUGGCCCGACUGUAAAAGAUGAGUUGCUAUAGAUGUCUUGUCAUAGAGUCUUACGGGCAUCUUUUCUGUUGUGGAGACAAACGUCAUGUGAUCAUUUUAGAUUCCAUUAGGUCGUUCUCAGUGUUAAUACGGUUCUUUCUCACUUGUGCUUUUACAAAGAAAUUCAAAUUUCAAGAAAAUUUCAUUUUCACAA